AUCGCCCCCUCACCGUAAUGUGCCCUCCUUAAAACAGUAAUCCCUGCCUUUAAAAAAGGCGGUGGCAGAAUCCCCGGGUAAGGGUGGACUGCCCCACCGCUCCACCAUUUCCCCCAGUACUACGCCCACCCUAGGAGGAGAGAGCGGGGGUCGCACACACACACACAUACCCGGACACCCCCAUUCUCUAGAAUCGCCUCUCCGCGGUUCUGAGGCUUCAGGCGAGAAGUGAGCCCUGCAGGGGAGGACCUCUGCCCCGGGAGGUGCAGAGGAGCAAACUGUGCGCUCCGUGCCCGGGCGCGGGGCUCGCGGAAACGGGAGCCUGUCGCUCCGGCCGGGGAGGCGCCGGCAGCCGGAGCCGGGGGCAAGGCGAACCCCGAGCAGCAAGACUGGAGGACACACGGGGCGGCCCGGGUCAGUUCCCGGGACUUACCUGGUCAUGUUGGCUCCGGGCAGCCGCCGCCACCGCCUCCCGCGCCGCCACCAGCACUUUCCUCCAGCGCCUUCGCGCCCCGCCACGGCAGCGCAGCCAGCGCCGCCGCCUCCGGGCGGCCAAUUUAAUCCCGCGGAGCAGCGGCCGCCGCCGCGGAAGCCCCCCUGGUCGCCGCCGCCGCCCAGCCCUCGUGCGGCCAGCCCAGUCCAGAGCGAGGAAGUGGAAGAGAGUCAGCGAGGCAGCAUCUCUUGUUGCUGUUAGGCAGCACCGUCCUCUUUAAGAAAAGAAAUCCACAUCUUUCACUAAAGAAAGGCCUAGAAAAGCCAGACUUUCUCCGCUGACUGCUCAGCUCGACUGCCGCAUUUCACCCUCACCUGCAGUGUGUAGAGGACGUUAUGGUACGAUGCUAUUUUCUAUUGGCUCUGCUACUGGAGAUUACAGCAUGCGACUGUGACAAAUGGAUAUUCCCAUUAAAUUCUUUAGUAGAGUGGGGCAUUCCAUUAACCAUUGGCACUAUCCCAACCCAAGUGAAACACUGGGUCAUUUUUUUCUUAUGAGCAAGAAGUGAAGGGAGAAAACAAAGGAUAUACUCUAAUUACCUUUCCUAUUUUUUUUGUUGCAUGCAUUAUGAUAGCCAUAUAUUACAAUUAUUUAUAAUUAAUAUAUGACAAGCUGUCAGCUAAAAUUUAACAGGUGAUUUGUCAAGAAGCCCCAUUAAUGCAUACAUAAAGCAGUGGAUUCCAGUGUUUCCUAACAAAAAACUGUGUAUUG